AUGUUUCUGAGGUCUUUGCGUGUUCAUCGGAGGUGGGAGAGAGUAUUGGGCGGGAGGAGGGGACUUCUUACGAGGGCGUAUGCUGAGGGGCCGAAAGAGCCUCCGCUGUUGACGCAGACGGUGCCGCAGCAUUUUCGGGAGAUUGUGAGGAGUUUUGGGGAUAGGGAUGCGGUUAUAUCGCACCAUCAGCGCACCAUCCUGACAUAUGCCCAGCUAGACCGUGACUCGGAUGCUUUGGCACGAGGACUGGCGAAGCAGGGAGUUAAGAAAGGAGACAGAGUUGCGGUGAGCUUAGGGAAUAAUGUUGAAAAUGCGACGGCGACGUAUGCGCUAUUCAAGUUGGGUGCCAUAUUGGUCCCGUUAAAUCCAGCGUUCAACGCUCCUCAGGUUCUUUCGGGGCUGAAUCAUCUGGCUGCCUCGCACGUUCUCAUCGGCGCGGAGACAAAUCUACCGUAUAAGGCUCCGAGGUCGAAUAUACCACUACUAGAAGCUCUGGUGCCGAAUCUGAAAGCGUCAAAGUUGGAGUCCGAAGUUGUGCCUUCACUACAAUCUAUAACGCUCGUAAACAACUCUUCCGGACGCAUAGACACAUCACCCUACAAAAGCACAAUCUCCUACGAGAGCGUCAUAGAGGACGGUCAGAAUGGUCUCACCCUGCAAGACGACUCCCUACACCCGGAUGAAAUCAUCAAUAUUCAAUUCACAAGCGGCACAACCAGCAUGCCCAAAGCAGCCUGCCUCUCCCACCGCUCCAUUCUCAACAACGGAAAGUCCAUCGGCGACCGCAUGCUCCUCACCGAGAAAGAUGUGGUAGUCUGUCCGCCUCCGUUGUUUCACUGCUUCGGCUGUAUCCUGGGCUACAUGGCGACCGCAACACAUGGCUCGGCCAUCGUGUUUCCCGCCGAAGCAUUCCACCCGUUACACACCCUGCACGCAGUCCAGGAAUACCAAGGCACCGCCCUGUACGGUGUCCCCACAAUGUUCAUCUCCGAGCUCGAGCUACUAGCAAACGGCACCGUCCCCUACCAAGGCUUCGAGCAUCUACGUACCGGCAUCGCAGCAGGAUCAAGCAUACCCGCCGAACUCAUGCGCAAGCUGCACAAAACGCUGAACCUCACCGAACUCACCAUCUGCUACGGCAUGACGGAAACCUCGCCCGUAAGCGCGAUGACCACUACCGACGACCCCAUCGACAAACGCAUCGACUCAGUGGGACGCCUCAUGCCGCACGUCACCGCCAAAGUCGUCGACCCCGCAGACCGCACGCGCAUCCUUGCGCCUAAUGAACGGGGCGAACUCGUCGUCUCGGGAUAUCUCACUAUGCGCGGGUACUGGGGCGACGCUGCGAAGACGGCUGAAGUUCUUAUUCCGGACGAGGAGGGUAGGAUGUGGAUGCACACCGGGGACGAAGCUAGUAUGGAUGAGGAAGGGUAUGUUAAGAUUACGGGGAGGAUCAAAGAUCUUAUUAUCAGGGGUGGAGAAAACAUCCAUCCGCUUGAAGUGGAAAACUGUCUCUUCGCUAAUGACAAGGUUAAGGAGGUUAGUGUUGUGGGGUUGCCGGAUGAGAAGUUGGGGGAGUGUGUUGCGGCUUUUGUUGUGAGGCAGAAGGGUGUUGAGAUGGGGGCGGAGGAGGUGAGGGGUGGGUUAAGGAGAGGUUGA